GCAGUCAAGGUAUGUUUACCAAAAAAUGGCCAUGCUUUGAGUUUGAAUUAUUUUAUAGCGAUCUUUUUUACGAAACUUUAGGAGAGCUCGAUCCUCCUGUUUUAAAUUAAUAUUUACACCUUUCAUUCCACUGCUGCAUACACGACAACAAAAUGCCAAUCAAAUUUCUGGAGAUUAUCAAGCCGCUUUGCGGGAUCCUUCCUGAAAUUGCAAAGCCCGAGCGCAAAAUCCAAUUCAGGGAGAAAGUACUAUGGACGGCAAUUACGCUCUUUAUUUUCCUUGUCUGCUGUCAGAUUCCUCUGUUUGGAAUCAUGUCAUCAGAGUCCGCGGAUCCUUUCUACUGGAUUCGUGUCAUUCUCGCUUCCAACAGAGGUACACUGAUGGAGCUGGGUAUCUCGCCUAUCGUGACAUCGGGUUUAAUUAUGCAACUGCUGGCCGGUGCUAAGAUCAUCGAAGUGGGCGACACUCCGAAAGAUCGCGCACUCUUUAACGGAGCGCAGAAGCUGUUUGGCAUGGUAAUCACCAUCGGUCAGGCCAUUGUCUAUGUGAUGACGGGAAUGUACGGUGAGCCCAGUGAUCUCGGAGCGGGUAUCUGCUUGCUGAUUGUCAUACAGUUAUUUAUCGCCGGUCUGAUCGUGCUCUUGCUGGACGAGUUGCUGCAGAAAGGCUACGGUCUCGGGUCGGGUAUUUCUCUGUUUAUUGCCACCAACAUCUGCGAGACGAUUGUGUGGAAGGCAUUCAGUCCCACAACUGUUAACACCGGACGCGGAACUGAAUUCGAGGGUGCCAUCAUUGCUCUGUUCCACCUCCUGGCCACCCGCAAUGACAAGAUCCGUGCUCUGCGUGAAGCAUUUUACCGUCAGAAUCUUCCCAACCUGAUGAAUCUUUUAGCCACUAUUGUCGUCUUCGCGGUAGUGAUAUACUUCCAGGGUUUCCGUGUGGAUCUUCCCAUCAAAUCGGCUAAAUACCGUGGCCAAUACAGUUCCUAUCCCAUUAAGCUUUUCUAUACCUCCAAUAUUCCUAUCAUCCUUCAGAGUGCGUUGGUGUCCAAUUUGUAUGUGAUCUCGCAAAUGUUGUCCAGCAAAUUCGGGCAGAAUUUCUUCGUCAGUCUUCUUGGAGUGUGGGCCGACGUUGGCGAUAGUGGUCCAGCAAGAAGUUAUCCUAUUGGAGGAUUAUGUUAUUACUUCUCUCCACCAGAAAGUCUUGGUCAUAUCGUAACGGACCCGGUGCAUGCAGUGAUCUACAUCAUCUUUAUGUUGGGAUCUUGUGCUUUCUUCUCCAAGACCUGGAUUGACGUUUCCGGUUCGAGCGCGAAGGAUGUGGCCAAACAGCUGAAAGAACAGCAGAUGGUGAUGCGAGGACAUCGUGAAAAAUCUAUGAUUCACGAACUGAAUCGAUACAUCCCUACGGCUGCUGCAUUCGGUGGUCUGUGUAUUGGAGCUUUGUCCGUCAUGGCUGACUUCCUGGGUGCAAUCGGAAGCGGCACUGGAAUCCUCUUAGCCGUGACUAUUAUUUAUCAAUAUUUCGAAAUUUUUGUCAAAGAACAGAGCGAAAUGGGUGGCAUGGGCGCUUUACUGUUUUAAACUUGAACAUUGUAUGCUGGCUAUUUUUUAGCAGAAAAAAACAUUUUGUUCUUUUAAUAUGUAACCAGUUUGACAAUUCCCGCUGUAAAAAAAGUUAAUUUUUAAAUGCCACGGCCCACAAUUUACUUGGAGCUGAUAAUGGUUUUCUAUUGUACGUAUUUAUGCAACUUCGCUACAUCAUAUAUUUUUCCUUCUUCUCGGCCAAAAUACGGGCAGACGUUUUGGCGUCCAGGAACAAGCUGGCAACAGUUUGAAUGCUCUCCCGUCCGAUGGUGUCGACUCCCUGCACCUGGGCAUGCAGUUUUGCAGGAGUAAUAAGCUGAACGGCAUAUCUAAGGAAAACAAAAUUAUGAGAAACAUUAA